AUGCCUCACGCCUUGUCGAUGGCCUCAACCGGGCUGCAGGCCCUUAUUCUCUGCGGGCCCGGCUCUUCAUUCCCUACGUUCACCUCGAAUCCGGAUGAGAACCCAAAAGCUCUGCUCCCCAUUGCCAACCGCCCUAUGGUGUGGUAUCCCAUCGACUUCUGUCUCCGCACUGGCAUCACAAACAUAACCCUCAUCUGCCCUCCAUCGGCUGAGAAAGCAUUGACAGCCGCUCUCAAUACUAACCCCUAUCUGACGGCACUGCCGCUGCCACGGCCAGACGUCCUUGCUCCCGCUGACCUUGACCAGAACACUGGUACAGCUGAAAUAUUGCGGCUGCCGGAGAUCAGGGAGCUCGUAACGGGCGAUUUUGUUGUUCUACCAUGCGAUCUCGUUUGCGAGCUUGCUGGCGAACAGCUACUUCAAGCAUGGAUGGUCAAAUCUGCCAGCCUCACGGGCCUCCUAGGGACACGACAGCUUUCAAACGGCCACCAGAGCAGAUACAGCGGAGGUCUUGGCGUGUGGUACAACACAAAAGCCAGUGCCCCUGUCAAAGGCGAAGAGACAGACUUCAUCUCCACGGCCCCUCUACCCUCUUCCCCGACUGCCACCCCGAAAGGAUCCAUCUUUCCAAACGUAUCAAAACUGGUUUACUCUAUGCCCACCGAUUCCUUCAAUGAUCUCACCGAGGAGAGAAAGGCAAUUCCAAUCCGCCACGGAUUGAUGAAAGCCAACCCUCGAGUUCGCAUGUACACCAACCACAGGGACGCGCACAUCUACAUCUUCCCUCGAUGGGUCUUGGACUUUAUCAAAAAGAAUGAGCGUUUAGAGAGCAUCGGCGAGGAUGUGAUUGGCUGGUGGGCCAAGGCCGGAUGGCAGUCUGGCCUGGCGGACAAGCUCCAGUUCGGCGAGGUGUUGCGCAGUGGUGAUGAUGACGGCGAGGAAGACGACUCCGUGGGCGGCCGCUCAUCUCCCACUGAGUCCCGCCCCGACAACCAGGAUAACUCAAAGGAGGCCACUUCAGCAAACACUACUACGAAUGACAAGAACGCAUCUACGGCGGCGGCAUCAGCAUUUGAGCCGCCGUCCAUCCUUGCCUAUAUUCACUCACACAAGGAGGGAACAGCAGAUUCAAUUGUUCGCCGCGUCGAUACGGCACAGCUCCUUUUGGCGAUUUCUUUACAGCUAGCGAAGCUUCCUUCUCUUGAGGAAGCAGACACUGAACCCCUCUCGCCCUUUGCGCACCCUAGAAAAGUCGCUUACCCUGAGGGUGUGAAGCCUCGCACCACCAUCACCAAGCAGGACAGUCUCAUCGGCGAAAACGUCACCGUGGAAGAAAAGACUUCCAUUAAAGAGACCGUAAUUGGUGCCGGCUGUCAAAUCAAUGAGGGAGCCAAGCUGUCUCAAUGUCUUCUCAUGGAAGGCGUCGUUGUUGGAAAGGGAUGCAAACUCACAAGAUGUAUUCUUGGUAAGAGAUGUAUCGUCGGUGCGGGUUCCGUUCUCACAGACUGCGAAGUACAGGAGAAUCUCAUUGUUGAGCCACGCACUGAGGAUAAGGAUAACAAGCUCAUGAGCUCCGAGGGUCUCGAGGCCACAGAGGCGGAAAUGGAAGAGGUCCUCCAUGAGAUGGACGAAGAGGUAGCCGCAACAGGCGAAGAUGUGGAUUUGGAAUAA